AUGAACAUCCAAAGAGCCAUCCACCGCAGUCGCAUAGUCUCAUGCACGGCAUCUUCAACUAAUCGCUUCUUCUCCUCCCUCUAUCAAGCGACGCCAAAUAGACAACGGCACAGACGAAACAAGGCUGCUCAAGACGUGGACUCUUUUAUAGAAGAUGAAUUACUACCUGCCCCAAUUGAACUCAGUCUCGCAUCCUUAUUCCUCCAACAUCGACCAUUAGCUGUUUCUAGUAGUGUUAAUACUGGGUCGUCAUCAUCAACACAAUCCUCGAUAAAGGGAUUGUGUAUAGAAAGACAGCUGAGAGAAGAUGCAUCCAUCUCAUCACGUACCGAUGCUUCCUCUCAAUCGCCAAGGAGUCCUACUGCUGAUGACGGUAGAGCCAAAGCUCCAUUCGAAGGCUUCCAAGCUCUAACUGGCGGACAAUAUUUCAAGCCUUCGCGUAUAGCCCUAUCGUCGCCAACAUCUACUAGUCCUAGCAGGAACCGGACGAGUUAUCGACCAUCAGCAGGAGGCCCAACCAUGCAACUGUUAUCUCCCAAUUCUCCCAGUGAUCACUUGUCGCCUGAUCAAUUGGUGGAUAUACUGUUAUCGGGAACUCCUUCUUCAGGCUGGGACACUGUGACGCGCCAUCUAGUCCAGGAACACGUAAUGACUGCCAGAAUCCAGGCCCAGGUAUCCUCCAUGGCCCGGGAAGCUCUCCGCAAAAUCGAAUCCCGAAGAAACACUGGUCGCAGAGUGCCAGGUACAUCCACCACUAGCAGGACUGGAAUGUAUGCCAUCUCCCUAAUUAAGAGACGGAGGAAGAAGAUGAACAAGCACAAGCUAGAGAAGCGGAUUGAGAAGCUUAGAGGCACUCAGAGGGCUAAUAAGGAAAUGUUGAGGAAGAGGGGUCAAAAUCGAGAAAAGAAGGAGUGA